UGAGUGCGUGAGCGAGGCGCCGGUGUACCCAGUUGCUCAACACGGUGUGUAGGUGGAGGGUGUUGCUCAUCUACCCGGAGUUAUUUUCUCUUGAAUUUUUUUUCUCUUUGUUUUGUUACGUGUGAGUUUCUGCCAAAGGAAACUUGUUCUGAGAUUGAAAAAAAAAAGAGGAUUUUGCUACUUGUUAAUCAGCGUUGUGUAUAAAAGUUAGAAAAAUCGAUUUUAAAAAUUCGGAGUCAGUGUUUCGCAUUGCCUACCCGGAUAUAUUCAAUGGAAGUCGAGGUUUGAUAACCCAGUUCAAAGGAUUUACGAGGGACUGUCGCUGUUGAUACGAGCCAAGAACGACAACCAUGUUGAGUUAUCUAACUUGGAUUUAUCUGUGCCUGAUUCUCUCCCUGCUUCUGACUGUGUCUGCAGACUCUGUACAAGACCUAAUGGACGGCUGUUUGGACGGCUUCUUCGGCUACAAGUGCUUGAAUCGAUGCAACUGUGCGGACCGGCGCCCCUGCAACAAGGAGACAGGGGCGUGCGCUAAUGGGUGCCGACCCGGGUUCUGGGGCCCGUCUUGUCUGUUGGAAAAUAAAUGCUAUUACAAUGAUCAGAAAAAGCUCUACAGAGGCUCCCUCUCCCAGACGAUCAACUUCCGGACAUGCCAACGGUGGGACCGGAAAGUCCCCCACCACCACCAAUACAAGGAGAAGGAUUUUAUCGACGGCGCCUACCCCAAGAAUUACUGUCGGGUCACCCCCGACUUUACCGCCCCCUGGUGCUACACCGACGACCCUGAGACCCGCUGGGAAAACUGUUCGGUGGAGAACUGCCAAUGUCCCCCUCGAAGAUUUGGACAAAACUGUAUGUACGACUGCCACUGUUUGAACCCAGAGGAAUCCUGCAACUCGGCCACGGGCUCGUGUGUGUCAGGGUGUGCCUGGGGGUGGGGCGGCCACGACUGCCAACUACCGGUACCUUGUGAUGCUAAUCGAUAUGGGUGGGAGUGUACACAAACGUGCAUGUGUGUGAAUCCCCGACACUGCGACAGGUUCACCGGCCCCAACAAGAGCUGUACCUGCAAGCCAGGGUUCUUCAACCCCCCUAUUUGUGAGCCAGUGAAUGCACCAACGAUUAUUAGCUUCGACAACCAGAAAGUCAACCCGGGGGAGCCAAGCAGGUUUAACUGUACCAUCGCAGCCUACCCCGUCCCCAGUGAGAACGACAUUCAGCUCAAAGGUCCCGGGGGUAGGAGGAUCAGCAUCAUCACAUCCAGCUUGAACAAGGACUCGAAUGUAUUCGCCAGGACGACGACAUUUGAGGUUUCAGUCGUGCGACCGAGUGAGAAGUAUACGUGCUAUUUUAAGACCAUUGCCGGGACGGCGGAGCUUACCAUGGUGGCCAAGGUGUAUGAGCACCCUCGUAUGAGCGCUCCACCCAUUGUCGCCAGCAGAAACGAAAGGCAAAUUAGAGUGGAGUGGCAAAAAUGGGACAGGAAGAAUGGAGACACAGGGGACGGGCCUGUUACGGCAUACAAAAUCUACUUUAAGAAUGAGGGGGGCAAUACUUACACUGAAGCGGGGAAAGUGCUGCCAUCCAGUUGUAGAGGAGUUUGCCACUUUGUAUUAGACAAGCUUAGCCCUAGCGUGAACUACACUAUUUACAUAACAGCAAUUCGUGAUGGAGAGAAAGGAGAGGGGCCCCCUGGUGAAGUUAUUGUUGCUUCUACGACAUGUGGCAAACCCAAGAAUCCACCAAUUAUUGAGAACAUCAGCUCUGCCUUACUGGCUAACAGCAGCUACCCAAAAACACAGAUUGUUGUUAAAUGGAAGGAUCCCCCAAGGAACACAAUCAACUGUCAAAGCAUCAAAAGAUACAUCCUAUACUUCAGCUCAGAAGCCAGCAAUAUUGAGGGCAAGGACAUGGAGCCAAUAGAUAUCCCAGGGGGCAACACCCACAGUGUAACUGUCCCUAACCUAAAACCGUUCACACAGUACUGUGCUGUGAUUGUUCUAGAAAAUAAUGCUCAGCUUCGUAGUCAGCAAUCAACAAGAGAAUGUAUUGUCACACAGCAGACAGCACCUGGCAAGCCAGAGAAACUGAAGCACGAGGUACUGGGGAACUCUUCUGUCUUACUGACCUGGCAGCCACCCCAAGAGAACUAUGGACCAAUCACAAAAUACCAUGUUGACUACUGGGGUGUUGAGAAAAACUUCCAAACGGUAGAGGUUCCUACUUCUAAUAAAGAUAAAAUAGAGUACGUCUUGACUGACCUACUGUCGUACACCUUCUAUCAAGUUCGGAUACGUGCUGAAAACUCGGCCGGUGUUAGUGAAUACUCCAAUGCUGUAAACUUCACUACAGAAGAUGGAAUUCCAGGUCUAGUGGAAGGCUUCAAAAAUACUUCGAAAACAACCUCAUCAAUCACCCUGAAGUGGCAGCCGCCACAACAUCAAAACGGUUUACUUCUUAGUUUUAUGGUAACUUGCAAGCCAAUGCAUUCAAGACAAAACAUAAUACUGCCACAUCACAUGAAUCCAGAGCCGGUUGUCAUCCCUGGUAAUGUUUUUGAAUUGCUUGUAAGAAGUUUGAUGCCAGCUACUUCUUAUAACUGUUCUAUUUAUGCCACCACGAGAAAGGGUAGUGGAGAUUCAACGUCUAUAGUUGUCUGGACUAAGCCUGAAGCUCCUAGACUACGGGAAAGUGUUAAAAUUCUGAUGUAUACAGAAAAUACUGCAACCUUAAAACUAUUUGAGAAUUCCGAUCUAACAAUCAGCUUCUUUCGUAUAAUUGUUGAGCGGAAGGAUAACAGACGUAACAAGCGACACGUCCCCCAGUACAUAUCAAAUGCAAAGCACAGUUUUAUGACAGCACUUCAUGAGAAAUCAAAUGUUUAUAUCACUGCGGAGCUUGAACAGCACGAGUUUCGAGGGACAUUUGUUGUAGGCGAUAAUCAGACUUACAAAGGCUAUUUUAACGGACCCUUACAGCAAAAUAAAGAAUACAUUAUAUGGCUUGGAGCUUAUUCUAAUAUUGAUGGUAUUGAGCAGCAUACGUUUUCAAAAGCAGACUCAAAUGGCAUUGUCAAAUCUCUCACGGCAUCUGAAGAGCCAGCCAGCUCAGUGCCAAUUAUUAUAGGGGUUAUCAUCGUGUUUCUGCUCUUGGUUGCCAUAUUUGCUGUUCUAUUGCUACUCUGGAGGAAGAAGCACACAGCUGAUGAGAGAGAGAAAGCUGAGAUUCCAUUCUUUGGAUCCACACACUACCCAGACCCUGACACAUCUGCACCACCAUCCCCUAUAGGGAGGAUAACCUUGCCUAUUAUAGAUACUUUUGACCAAGAUCCUCUAAUUGACCUCCCAAAGAAAGCUCCCAUGCUGGAUACAGAGCCAAUGUAUUGUAAUGCUGAUGACAUCAUUGCGCCUAUCAAAGUAGAAGACCUCUGGGACUACAUUCGAUCAGCUAAACAAAAUGAUCUUGAGGGAUUAAAGAAAGAAUUUAAACUCCUUCCUGCUGGAAUUACAUCCACAUGUGAAGUGGCCAGGAAAAAUGAAAACAAGUUAAAAAACAGAUAUGGAAACAUUAUUGCCUAUGAUCAUACACGUGUUGUGCUAGACAUUGAUGGUGAUAAUAUACAUGAUGAUUAUAUCAAUGCAAACUAUAUAGAUGGCUACAAUAAGCAAAGAGUUUACAUAGCUGCCCAAGGGCCCAGUCAACCAACUUUGAAUGAUAUUUGGAGAAUGGUCUGGAAGGAGAAUUCUAAAACUAUCAUCAUGUUGACAAACUCAACAGAGUCUGGGAAGAAAAAAUGUGACCAGUACUGGCCUGAUAUUGGAAGCGAACAGUAUGGAAAUAUAGUUGUACAGCUGCUAAAUAUUGACGUCCUACCAGACUUUACCAUUCGAACUUUCCUAAUAAGCAAGGGUGGACAGUCCAAAUAUGUAAAACAAUUCCAUUACACAACCUGGCCAGAUCAUGGUGUGCCCAGAUUUGGACACUCACUCUUGCUGUUUAGACAAAAAAUUAGAAUGUACGACAAUUUAGAUAAUGGCACAGUUGUAAUACAUUGCAGUGCUGGUGUUGGCAGAACUGGAACCUACAUCGCCGUGGAUACCCAGCUUGAGAAAGCCAAAUCUGAAGGAAUUAUUGAUGUCUAUAAUUUUGUUCACCAGAUGAGAACACAGCGAGUUAACAUGGUUCAGACACUGGAGCAAUAUGUAUUUGUUUACGACUGCCUGCUGGAGGCCCUUAUAUGUGGUGAUACAACGGUGUCGACCAAAACAUUUCCAGAGGUUUACAUUGAUCUCUGUCAGUUUGAUGCGGACAUUUCCAAGACUAAGCUGGAGGAACAGUUUGAGAUUUUGAAGCUCCUGUCUACCACUAUUGAAAGAGAUGAAAGUACAACAGCUUUAACACCUGAAAAUAUAUUUAAAAACAGGUGCAAAAAUAUAAUACCAGCCAACCGUUGUCGACCAUAUUUGAUGACAAGUUGUGAUGGCAGCAAUGAUUAUAUCAAUGCAGUUUUUCUAAAUAGUUACUGUAAAAAGGAUCAGUUGCUGGUGACACAGAUGCCCCUGCCAAACACAGUGACAGACUUUUGGAGGCUGAUCUACGACCACAAGUCCUACUGUCUGGUCAUGCUGAACGAGGUGGAGAAAAAUGAUGAUACCUGUGAGCAGUACUGGACUGAAGACCCAGGUGGCGUUUUCUACGGCCCAUUUCAAGUGGAGACAACCUCAGAAAUCAAAUCCAAUCCAAUAGUAACUGUUCGAGACUUCACACUCACCAACACACAAGUGCCAGGAGAUACACCGCGUCAGAUUCGCCAGUUCCACUUCCACAGAUGGCAGGAAGGUUCAGCAACUCCGAGCUCCCACAGGGCCUUGCUAGAGCUGGUUGAUCUGGCUGAUGACUGGCAGAAGUUACAUGAAGGGCCCAUCACAGUACAUUGCAUGAAUGGUGCCAGCAGGAGUGGUCUCUUCUGUGCUGCCCUGACUAUCCUGGAGAGAGUGAAGAAAGACAAGGAGGUGGAUGUUUUCCAAGCUGUCAAACAGCUCAGACUAAACAGGACUCAACUCAUUGACAAUAUGAAAACUGUCAAAGGUGGAAACUGCCAGAAAGACCAAGAACAGAGAGGUGUAGUUUGGUGCCCCCAUACUCAGCCAGAAGAGACAGGAGGUGAUGACUAG